AUGCACCGGCGGCACGAGCGACGCACGUCUUACUCGCUACCGCGUCCGCCGCCGGGCUACGAGCCUGCAGACUCCGCCGCACCGCCACCCACUGCGCCUGCUGCGGUGGCGUACGACUUUGACACGGACGACGCCGAGGAACAACAAGCGCACAACGCUCCGACGCCACGGCUGGUGGGACUGGAGUUUGGCGAGGCAAGCGCAUCGCCCAUGUCGUCGAACUUUGAGCCCGAGACGCCGGGGAACGUGGUCGCGACGUUUGCCGAGCUGCAGCAUGGUGUGGCGAGGGAGAAGGCCAAGGUGGCGAGGGAGGAGGAGGGCGAGGACCUGCAUGCGCAGUUCUGCUCGGUGCUGUUGUUGGAUCUUGGCAAUGGCACGGCGAUCCCGCUGGGCGCCAGUCCGGGGGUCGAGCCCAGGCCAGAUCCGUUCACGCUGCUCGCUUGCUGA